UCAAUCCUACACUCACCAACAUUCAUCUGAAACUUCGUCGUUUGGCUUCUAGUUGCUCCAAACGUCGUCGUUUAAGAAUUUGUAAUUGGUAUGAACCAAUUGAUGUCUGUAAUUACUUUCUCUUCUCUGCUUUUGGAUAGUAUCCUAAUUCCUAAUCCUAUUAAUUGAUAUACUUGUCUGCUCUUCCCUUCCCAUAUGGAGAGUUUCCUCUUUGUUUUCUCAGACAAAACACAAAAACCCAAACUUGGAUUUUCCCUGGAAAACCCAACAAACUCUCCAUUUUCAAACUCCAAAACCCAAUUGAACCCUUCAAUUUUCUUGAAAUGGGCUUUCAGCCAAACUUUGUUAUGGUCAUAGUUGCUCUGUUUUUCAUUUUCACCGUUGCCUCGGCUUCAUGCUCCGAUGGUCAGUGCCGGUUACUAGAUGAAUGCUCAAGUGAUGGAGAUUGUGCUUCUGGACUGUACUGUUUUUCUUGCAUCGAAGGGUUUUCAGGCUCAAGAUGUGUGAGAUCGAAAAUCACAGACCAAUUCAAGCUCCUGAACAAUUCUCUUCCUUUCAACCAAUAUGCGUUUUUGACAACCCACAACGCUUUCGCUAUUGAUGAUGAGCCUUCUCACACUGGGGUCCCUCGCUUCACUUUUACAAAUCAAGAAGAUAGCAUUUCUCAACAGCUAAAUAAUGGAGUACGAGCCUUAAUGCUUGAUACCUAUGAUUUUAGAGGAGAUGUAUGGGUGUGCCAUUCUUUUGGAGGAAAAUGCUACGACUACACUGCUUUUGAACCAGCUAUAGAUACACUGAAGGAGAUAGAAGCAUUCUUGGCAGCAAACCCAUCUGAAAUUGUGACAUUAAUCUUAGAAGAUUAUGUUAGAGCCCCAAAAGGAUUGAGUAAUGUGUUCACCCAGGCAGGGCUAAUGAAAUACUGGUUUCCCUUACAAAACAUGCCCAAAAAUGGUCAAGAUUGGCCACUAGUCAGUGACAUGGUAGCCAAUAGCCAAAGGCUGAUUGUGUUCACUUCAAUGCAAUCCAAGGAGCAAACCGAAGGAAUUGCGUACCAGUGGAACUACAUGGUUGAAAAUCAAUAUGGGGAUGGGGGAAUGCAUGCAGGAAAAUGUCCCAACAGAGCAGAAUCUUCAGCCCUUGAUAACAAGAGUAAACGACUAGUGUUGGUUAACUAUUUUGAGUCUGUUCCCAUUAAACAAACCACUUGUAAACACAAUUCUGGGGACCUCAUUAACAUGCUUCAUACUUGCUAUGGUGCUGCUGGAAGCAGAUGGGCUAAUUUUGUCGCCGUCGACUAUUACAAGAGGAGUGAGGGAGGAGGGUCAUUUCAGGCUGCAGAUACCCUUAAUGGGAAGCUCUUAUGUGGAUGUGAUGAUAUCCACUCAUGCGUGCCAGGAUCAUCUUCAGGAGCUUGCACUCCCUAGGAGGAAUUAGUAUGCAUUAAUUAUUGUAAUUGGGUGUUAAUGGUGAUUAACAUCCAGAAAAUUAUACUCAUAAGGUGGGUGGGUAUAGAUUCUUUUACAGUAUACACAGGGUGUGUUGACAUCAGAGAAUGAAAGAAUAAAAAUGAAAGCAUAGAAAUAUGUUGGAUAAUAUGAUGUGUGAUGUGUCCUCCUCCCUUGAUAUCUUUUCAUACAUUUGAUAUGGCACAAACAUACUGUAUAUCAUUUGUUUCAAAUAUCAUCGAAAGGAAACUUAUAUUA